UUGCGCGUUCACGCCCCAUCUCUCGCCUUUCGCAGCGGCUCCGUGGGAGAAAAAGGGAGGACACGUCACGCGCACCUUCCUCCGCGAAAAAGGCUCAAAGAAGACUCGCCAGGGAGGCUCCAGGAAGUGUCCCGCGGGAUAUCGUGGCUGUGCUCGCUGCUUGACCCAGCAGGACCAGGCAGGCAGGCAGGCAGGCAGGCGGGGGGGCGGCAGCCAUGGAGGGGAUGCAGGCGUACGGAGCUGGGAAAGCCGGAGGAGCCUUCGACCCCGUCACCUUCUUCCAGCAGCCUCAGACUAUACUCCGCAUCGUGUCGUGGCUCUUCUCCAUCGUCAUCUUCGGCUGCAUCGCCAACGAGGGCUACAUCAACCGUCCCAACGAGGUGGAGGAGUUCUGCAUCUUCAACCGCAACCAGAGCGCCUGCAACUACGGCGUCUUCAUGGGCUCCAUGGCCUUCCUGUGCUGCGUGGCCCUCCUGGCCCUGGACAUCUACUUCCCGCAGAUCAGCAGCGUCAAGGACCGCAAGAAGGCGGUGCUGGCCGACAUCGGAGUGUCAGCGUUCUGGUCCUUCAUGUGGUUUGUGGGCUUCUGCUUCCUGGCCAAUCAGUGGCAGGUGACCGACCACGGUGACGACCCGCUGAGGGAGGGCGUGGACGCCGCGCGGGCCGCCAUCACCUUCUCCUUCUUUUCCAUCUUCACUUGGGCGGUCCAGUCCUUCCUGGGCUUCCAGAAGUACAAGCUGGGGGCCGACUCGGCCCUCUUCUCCCAGGACUACACGGACCCCAGCCAGGAUGUGGCCGGGGGCGGGCCCUACACCUCCUUUGGCGGGGAUGACCUGGAGAGCCCGGCCGGCGGCGGAGGCGGAGGAGGAGGAGGCGGGCAGGCCGCCGGCGACGGCGUGUUCGACGGCACCGCGGGAUACCAGCGCCAGGACUACUGAGGGGGCGGAGUAAACGGAGACAAGGAACUUGGGCUGAAGACAUCAGGGCUGGACUUCAGAGGAGGUCACCCUGCAGCAAGGACGGUGCUGGUGACCACAUUGCCUUCACACACACACACACACACACACACACACACUGCAAGUUUCAGCUGACAAAACACACACAAAGUGUUGCUAAGUCGUCCCCACACACAUCAGGGGUACCCAACCUUUUUCCACUGAGGGCCACAGACUGACAAAUCAAAGGAUGCGGGGGCCAUUUUGCCAGUUCUCACCUUCAAAAACAGGACAAUAUAUACUUCUUUUUUUUCAAAGAACCAGAAAAGGCAAUUUCAGUAGACAUUUAGUGUGAAUGCUGAAGUUACGUUAAAGUUAAGUAAAGUUAAAGUACCAAUGAUUGUCACACACACACUAGGUGUGGUGAAAUUUGUCCUCUGCAUUUGACCCAUCCCCUUGUUCACCCCCCGGGAGGUGAGGGGAGCAGUGAGCAGCAGCGGUGGCCGCGCCCGGGAAUCAUUUUUGGUGAUUUAACCCCCAAUUCCAACCCUUGAUGCUGAGUGCCAAGCAGGGAGGAAAUGGGUCCCAUUUUUAUAGUCUUUGGUAUGACUCGGCCGGGGUCAAAGAGCCAAAGCCAAACUCAAAUGCUAACAGUUAGCAUGCUGGCCACAUAGUAACAAAGAAUUUGAGAUAAAAAAGCUAGCAUGCUAACAUGCAUAUCUAAAUAAUAGCAUGCUGGCCACAUAGCAUCAAGUAACAAAGACUUUGAGCUAAAAAAGCUAGCAUGCUAACAUGCUAAUAAUAGCAUGCUGGCCACAUAGCAUCAAGUAACAAAGCAUUUGAGCUAAAAAAAAAAAAAGCUAGCAUGCUGGCCACAUAGCACCAAGUAACAAAGAAUUUGAGAUACAAAAAAACUAGCAUGCUAACAAUAGCAUGCUGGCCACAUUGCAUCAAGUAACAAAGAAUUUUAGCUAAAAAAAAAAAAAAAAGCUAACAUGCUAAUAAUAGCAUGCUUACAGUUAGCAUUAGUGAAAUAUCAAGCUGUAUGUCACUGAGGUGUGCACUUGCUAAAUUAGCUUUAAAAAAGUUAGCAUGCAUAAUGUUAGCAAAUGCUAACUGAAGCAUGGGUCAAGCACCAAAAUAUAUUACUCUGCAAUGUAUACUUGAAAAUUGUUAUAAAAAAUGCUAGCAUGGUAACGUUAUCAUACGUCAAGUACCGACAUGCUAAAAAAAAAAACUAAAAAAAAGCUAACCUACUAACAUUAGCAUACCAGCAGGUAGCAUUCGUAUCAUGCUAAUAUUAGAAUGCUAACAAUUGGAAAAUAUUGCAUAUGUUGUGUAUUUGCAUGAAAAAAAUGUUUUCUAUGUCAACAAUGGCAUAAAACUAACACAAAAAUAUAUAUUUUUUAAAACUAAAAUUGGCAGAUAAAUCCGAAACUGAUGUAGAGAUUUAUGGGUUGAAAGUAAAAAGAAUUAUAGUAAUAACGUUUAGCUUAUUUUUAACACUUUUAUGAGUGGGACCCUUUUGGAUCCCCAAUCAUUUUAGUGGGAUUUUCUUUAAAACUGUCAUUGUUCAAAAAGUAAUAAUUAAUAAAAAAUUAAUGUUGUUAUAAUUUAUUGACCUAUUUAGUUCUCCAGUUACUUCACAACAAAUAUUUCACUUUGAUAUGUUUUUGGGGGUAAAUAUUGCAUUAUUUGUGUUUUUUUUAUUUUAUUAAUUUUUUUAAGGAAAAGGUCAUACAACAUUAAAAAAAUUAAUCAAAAAAGUUUAUAUUGAUCUAUCUAAAGUUGAUCUAGAGAUGUAUGGGUUAAAAAAUAAUAACAAUAAUAAUAAUUAUUAUUACAAUAAUAAUUUUUUACACUUUUAUAAAUGAGACCCUUUUGGAUCCCUGAGAAUUUUGAUGAUUUUUUUUAACUGUCAUUGCUCAAAUAUUAGUAAUGAAUCAAAAUCAAUGUUUUUUAUGAAUUAUUGACCUAUUUGAAAUAUUUUUGGUGGGAUGUUUUGCCAUAAAAACGAGGUUUUAUUUGGCAAAAAGGGCUUAAAAAACAUAACAUUUGAUUAAAAAAUCAACUUAUAAUCGACAAAUAGAUCAAAAGUUGAUCUAGAGAUUUAUGGGUUGAAAGUAGAAAAAAGAAUGUAUGACUUAUUAUUUAUCACUUUAAUGAGUGGGGCCCAUAUGUUUUUAAUUGUUUGUAUAUUUUUAAUUGUUCAAAAAAUAAUGAUGAAUCAAAAUCAACGUUGUUAUGAAUUACUGACCUAUUUAAGGCUCCAAUGGCUUUACAUCAAAUAUUCCACUUUGGGGGAAAACAUUGCAUAUUGUGUGUUUUUGCCAUAAAAACAGGCUUUUCUACAACGAAACUGGUAUAAAACAUGGAAAAAAUGUAAUAUUGUGAAGUUGAAAUAUAAUAAUAAAUUAAAUUAAUUUAAUUUAUUUUUAAUUAAAGAAAUAAUAAUAAUUAAAUAGAUAAAUAAAAUAAUACAAAUAAAUAUGACUAUUUUUUAACAAUUGUUUUAAUCUAAAUAAAUAUGGGAAGUUGAAAUCUAAUAAUAAAUACAAUUAAUUAAAUUUAUUUAUUAUUAAAUAAAUAAUAAUUAUUAAAUAAAUAAAAUAAUAAAAAUAGAUGUAUGACUAAUUUUUAACAAUUUUAUGACUGAGAAAAAAAUAAUCUAAUUAAUUAUAUAUUGGUUUUGAAAAUAAGAAAUAGCAAAAUGGCCCCCGCAUGUUUUAAUUUUUCAGUGUGCGGCCCUGAGUGGAAAAAGUUUGGACACCCUGCUUUGAGGUGAACUUAGAGAAAAGGGAUUAAUUUCUUUUUUGCACACGUAUUUGGAUGAAAUUAGUUUUGACGUGUUUAGAAAAAAGUCAUAAUUUGUUUACUACUAAAUUGAAUCUCAACAGCCUGAGUACGAAACUGCAUCGCUGCAUUUAAAAAGUCAACUAUGUGUAUAAAUAACUACUGUAUAUACAUAAAUAAUACUGUAUGUUACUCUUCAACAAAUGUAUUUUAGGACAUUCCGCCAUGAAAAAAAAACCACAAGAAAGAAGCUUAAGGGUCAGUUUUUUGGGGUUCCUUUGUGUUGCCUGACGAGAUGUUUUUAUUUUUGGAAUAUAAAUAAUAAUAUAACAGUAUACAGAAAGGAAAACAACAACAAAAAUGUCAGCAAACUAUGGAAAUAUAUACAAGUGCUUUAUACUGUGCAAGUGUGUAGACGUAGACGUGUGUGACGUUGCCUGUCCAAAUAUGUUUAAGACCAGAAAAGGUGCAAUGUAAAGGUGUGUAUGUUUUUUAUGUCUUUCAUUUUAACUAUUAGAAAUAAAGAGACGUUAAACCUG